GAUAAAAAAUAUUACAGAAGAUACUCUUAAGAUAGUAGGUGGUGAUUUGCCAGUGAGUCAGAGAGACAAUUAGUAUUUGCAGAUGAGGGAAGACUCCCAGAUUCUGGUACAUGUAGUAAAAUUCACAUAGGAAGGAGAUUGAAAAGAAAGGAGACUUCCUGUAGGUUUUGAAUGUACCAAGGAAGUUCUAAAGAUGACAGAGUGGACACGUAGUGCUUAGACUGCGAGAAGAGAGGGGUCGAAGAGAUGCUAAGACAAGGGGGAUACUUUCGUUAGAUGGAGUGUGGGACAGUGUCCUCCACGAAGUGUGGUCAGGGCAGCCCCCCGACUCUGGAGGCUCCUGGCACAUGCAGCCUUCGGACCAGGAGGCUGAAAAGUCCCAACCCCCCUGGUAGAUUGGAAAUGAUAAAAAUGGGUGAGAAAUGGUGAAAUAAGGAAAAGUUUAGGAAGAGUAACUAAGGCAGAAUGGUGGGGCAUUUCAAAAGCGUAACUGUGAAAACUCACUGGGGAGACAAACGUAAAAAGAAUGUGACUUUUUUUUUUUAAAGGAGGGGACACAGUUUAAAAUGCAAGGGAAAGAGUGAGUCUCCAGUGGAAAAUGUAUCCAGAUAAUAGUGUUCAAGGAACUAUACGAUGUUUAAAAAAAUAGUACCUGAGGAGCUGGUGGAGCUUUGAAGGACACCCCCCCAAAAAAGAUCAGUGCCACAGUCCUCCAGCUGGUGAAAGGAACCUAGGAGGAAGACCCCUGCUCCAUUCAGUAAGAGGAGCCAGCGAGAUUCGUUCCGGACAGCAGAACGGAAGAGAGGACCUUGAUGGCUUUCCCACCGCAGUUUUUAAAGCAUUUGUGAAUACUGGGGAAGGAAUCUGUCCUGAUUCUGAUGCAGCUGAGAAAAAUGCAGACCAUCAAGAAGGAGCAGGCAUCCCUGGAUGCUAGCAGCGGUGUGGACAAGAUGAUGGUGCUGAACUCCGCGUUGAGUGAGGUCUCGGAAGACUUGACAGGGGGUGAAGAGCUGCUUCUGAAUGAAGGCAGCGUGGGGAAGAGCAAAUCUUCCGCGUGUCGGAGAAAACGGGAAUUCAUUCCCGAUGAGAAGAAGGAUGCCAUGUAUUGGGAAAAGAGGCGGAAAAAUAACGAAGCUGCAAAGAGGUCUCGGGAGAAACGUCGACUGAAUGACCUGGUUUUGGAGAACAAACUGAUUGCCCUGGGAGAAGAAAACGCCACUUUAAAAGCUGAGCUGCUCUCCCUAAAAUUAAAGUUUGGUUUAAUUAGCUCCACAGCCUAUGCCCAAGAGAUUCAGAAACUCAGUCACUCUACCGCUGUGUACUUCCAAGACUACCAGGCGUCCAAGUCCAGCACCGGCCCCUUUGUGGAUGAGCACGAGCCCUCGAUGGUGACGAGCGGCUGCAUUUCUGUCAUCAAGCACUCCCCACAGGCCUCCCUGUCCGACGUUUCUGAAGUGUCCUCGCUGGAACAUUCGCAGGACGGGGCUGUGCGGGGUGGCUGUGGGAGCCCCGAGAGCAAGUUCCAGGCCAUCAAGCAAGAGCCCGUGGAACUGGAGAGCUACUCGAGGGAGCCUGGUGAUGAGCGGGGCGCCUACCGGGCCUCUGUAUAUCAGAACCUCAUGGGGACCACGUUCCCCAGCUAUUCCCACUCUCCCCCUCUGCUGCAGGUCGCCCGGUCCUCCAGCAACUCCCCCAGGACGUCGGAGACAGAUGACGGCGCGGUGGGGAAGUCAUCCGACGGAGAAGAUGAGCAGCAGGUUCCCAAGGGCCCCAUCCAUUCUCCCGUGGAGCUUCAGCGCGGCCAUGCCACCGUGGUGAAGGUUCCAGAAGUGAACUCCUCCGCCUUGCCGCACAAGCUCCGCAUUAAAGCCAAAGCCAUGCAGAUCAAAGUAGAAGCGUUCGAUCACGAGUUUGACGCCGCACCGAAACCGGCCUCGCCUAUGGACGGGACGCCCAAGAGACAUUUCGAACUCGAGAAGCAUACUGCCCCAAGUAUGGUACAUUCUGCCCUCACCCCUUUUUCAGUGCAGGUGACUAAUAUUCAAGAUUGGUCUCUCAAAUCGGAACACUGGCAUCAAAAAGAACUUAAUGGCAAAACUCAGAAUAGCUUCAAAACUGGAGUUGUGGAAAUGCAAGACAGUGGCUACAAAGUGUCUGACCCAGAGAAUUUGUUUCUGAAGCAGGGGAUAGCAAACUUAUCUGCAGAGGUGGUUUCACUGAAGAGACUCAUAGCCACACACCAAAUCUCUGCUUCGGACUCUGGGUGAAUUACUACUGAAAAGCUCUGGGUCUUUAGAAAGCCGUCAUUUGCAAUAGAUGAGUACGUUUUGUAUUAGGCUGAAUUUUCACUGGACCCGUGAUGUCAUUCCACUGUAAUGUUCACACAUUGUCUGCUGGGUGUCUUUUUGUGCACAAAUUAUUAUGGAAAUUAGAUUGUGUUAUCAACUCUGCCUUCUGUAUAGUAAAAUAGUCCAUACAAAGCCUGUAUAUAUUGAACAUUAUUUUUGUUGUUCUAUUAUAAAGCGUGUCAGUUACCAGUUUCAAUAAAGGAUUGGUGACAAACACAGA